GCGGUGGCGACACCUCCUUCCUUCUCCGGCUCGCAGCUGGUGGCGGCGAGCGACUCCCGACAGAGAGCAAAGCCGCAUUGGAGGCGCGGGCUCAGGACCCUCCUCCGGGCCCGCACCCCGCCCCCGCGCCCGCCCCCGCCGCGCCCCCGCGCCCCGUCUCCGCGCCCGCCCGGAGCCCGACCCGGACUGCGAGCGGCGGCGCGGACCUGCCGGCGCCCGGGACGCCUCCAGGCGACGAUGCGCGGCUCGUGCGGCGUCGGGGCUCGGACCGCGGCGACCUGCUGCGUCCUGCUGCUGCUCAGUUUCUCCGGGGUGCCGGUGUCCCUGGCGUCUUCCUUCCUGACAGGUUCUGUCGCAAAAUGUGAAAAUGAAGGUGAAGUUCUCCAGAUUCCCUUUAUCACCGACAACCCUUGUAUAAUGUGCGUCUGCUUGAACAAGGAAGUGACGUGUAAGAGAGAGAAGUGUCCCGUGCUGUCCCGAGACUGUGCGCUGGCCGUCAAGCAGAGGGGAGCCUGUUGUGAGCGCUGCAAAGGUUGCACCUAUGAAGGGAACACCUAUAACAGCUCCUUCAAAUGGCAAAGUGCAGAUAAUCCUUGUGUCCUGCGACAGUGUCAGGAAGGCGUUGUCACUGAAUCGCAAGUGUGGUGUGUUGUGCAUUGCAAAAACCCAUCCAAGCAGCCAGGAGCAUGCUGUCCCUCAUGCCCAGGAUGCAUGUUCGAGGGUGUGCAGUACCAAGAAGGGGAGACCUUUCAGCCAGAAGGAAACAAAUGCACCAAGUGUUCCUGUGUUGGCGGCCGGACGCAGUGCAUGAGAGAAGUUUGCCCCAUUCUCUCCUGUCCUCAGCACCUGAGCCAUGUCCCCCCGGGACAGUGCUGCCCCAAAUGUUUGGGGCAGAGGAAAGUAUUUGACCUCCCCUUUGGAAGCUGCCUCUUUCGCAGUGAUGUUUAUGAUAAUGGAUCCUCCUUUCUCUUCGACAACUGCACUGCCUGCACUUGCAAGGACUCCACUGUGGUUUGUAAGAAGAAGUGUUCCCAUCCUGGUGGCUGUGACAGAGCUGAGGAUGCCUGCUGUGAGGAGUGCCUCCUACAAGUUCCCCCAGAAGAUAUCAAAGUGUGCAAAUUUGGCAACAAGAUUUUCCGGGAUGGAGAGAUGUGGUCUUCAAUCAACUGCACCAUCUGCUCCUGUGUGAAAGGCAAGACAGAGUGUCGCAAGAAGCAGUGUGUUCCCAUCAGCAGCUGCCCUCAGGGUAAAAUUCUCAACAGAAAAGGAUGCUGUCCUAUUUGCACUGAAAAGCCUGGCGUUUGCACAGUGUUUGGAGACCCUCACUACAACACUUUUGACGGCCGCACGUUUAACUUUCAGGGGACAUGUCAGUACGUGUUGACGAAAGACUGCUCCUCCCCUGCCUCACCCUUCCAGGUUCUGGUGAAGAACGAUGCACGCAGGACCCGCUCCUUCUCCUGGACCAAAUCAGUGGAGCUGGUGCUGGGUGCCAGCACCCUCAGCCUCCAGCAGCACCUCACUGUGCGCUGGAAUGGCUCCCGGGUGGCACUGCCCUGCCGGGCUCCGCAUUUCCACGUGGAUCUGGAUGGCUACCUCUUGAAAGUGACCACCAAAGCAGGUUUGGAAAUAUCUUGGGAUGGAGACAGUUUUGUAGAAGUCAUGGCUGCCCCCCAUCUCAAGGGCAAACUCUGUGGUCUUUGUGGCAACUACAAUGGACAUAAGCGUGAUGACUUAAUUGGUGGAGAUGGAAACUUCAAAUUUGAUGUGGAUGACUUUGCAGAGUCCUGGAGGGUAGAGUCAAAUGAGUUCUGCAAUAGACCCCAGAGGAAGCCAGUGCCUGAAUUGUGUCAGGGAACAGUGAAGGUAAAGCUCCGCGCCCAUCGAGAAUGUCAGAAACUCAAAUCCUGGGAAUUUCAGACAUGCCAUUCAACGGUGGACUAUGCAACAUUCUACCGGUCUUGUGUGACAGACAUGUGCGAAUGUCCAGUCCAUAAAAACUGCUACUGCGAGUCAUUCCUGGCAUAUACCCGGGCCUGCCAGAGAGAGGGCAUCAGUGUCCAUUGGGAGCCCCAGCAGAACUGUGCAGCCACCCAGUGUAAACACAGUGCUGUGUACGACACCUGUGGCCCAGGAUGUAUCAAGACCUGUGACAACUGGAAUGAGAUUGGACCAUGCAAUAAGCCUUGUGUGGCAGGCUGCCACUGUCCUGCAAACCUAGUUCUUCACAAGGGACGUUGCAUCAAGCCAGUUCUCUGUCCUCAGCGGUGACCUUUGUUCUACUCUUUAAGACUUUGAAACGGGGUGUCCUUGACACUGAAGUGGAAGAGCCAAUGAAGGGAUGAAGUCUGUGUGUGCUGAUUCUCCAGAUACACACAGAGUAUAUAUGUGUACAUAUAUAGAUAUAUAGAUAUAUUCAGAAACAUUUCAUCAUUUAUAUAAACUAUAGGUGGAUUGUUAUAUGUAUAUUUUUUGCUAUGAGACAUGUACUGUUUCUAGGAUCCUAACCUGUAAGCCAUUGGAAAUGUAUAAAUAAACUGGUGUUUUUAAUUUAAUAAGGCAGCAUGCAGACAUUUUGGAGAUCUCUCACAUCACAUGUAUUUGUCAAUUUUAAGGGAAUUCUUAAGAAACCUAAAUUGCCUGCCUGCAUUUAUUUUUGGUUUGAUUCAGGAUUUGCAGUUGAGUGGGAAAUGUGUUUCUCUGGAGAAGGGAACAUUUAUUUAUGGGUUUUUCAUGCUUCCAAAGAAAGGAAUGAAUGCCUAGAGAGAUGGCUGGUUAUUGGCUAGAGGCCACAAUGAUGCAUGUAAAGCAAGGGAUAGACUGUUAGACUUUAUUGGGUCUAAUAUUAUUUCCAAAACUGAUUGGCUGCUUUUGAAGAAAUGUAUGUUUUCACUAGAGCUUAACAAAACAACCAAAUGAUUUCUUGCUCCCUUUGCAUAUUCCAUGACUCUCCUGAUUACAUGUGUGUUGUCUGAUGGGGUAUCCAUUUCACUGUGACUUACGACAUUAAGAUAUAUAUGUCUGGUCGACACAUUAUUUUUAUUGAUUAUGAGCAGAUAUUUGGAGAAGAUUUUGCACAAGACAAAUACCCAUUUUUCUUAACCUCAACAAUUUAGAAGAAGCAAAUCUAAAGAACCAUCCUUUUGGUAACUUCCAUAUAUAAAAUGAAAGCCUUGCAUUAUUUCUAGAGGAUUCCUAGUCCAGUGCUAUUUGGUAAUGGUUAAUAUGCCAUCAGUAACCAAGAGAAGACUUUUACUGCCCAUUUAGUCAGUCCAAAUAAAGAAUAGUCUGUAUACUC